GCGGAAAUGGCGGCGGCUGCGCCUGCGGCUCGGCUUCUUGCCUUAUCCAGGCAUGCUCUCGCAUCUCCUUCUGUGGGUAGGUCAUUGUCCAGACGGUUCUACCGAGGGGACAGCCCAGCAGAUUCUCAGAAGGAUAUGCUUGAAAUCCCCUUGCCUCCAUGGGAAGAACGAACAGAUGAACCGAUUGAAACCAAGAGGGCUCGCCUGCUUUAUGAGAGCAGGAAGAGAGGCAUGCUGGAGAACUGCAUCCUGCUCAGCCUCUUUGCCAAGGAGAAUCUGCACCACAUGACAGAGCGGCAGCUGAACCUCUAUGACCGGCUGAUCAACGAACCCAGUAACGACUGGGAUAUCUUCUACUGGGCUACAGACGCAAAGCCAGCACCGGAGAUCUUUGAGAAUGAUGUCCUGGUGAUGCUGAGAGACUUUGCCAAGAACAAGAAUAAAGAGCAAAGGUUGCGGGCCCCGGAUCUUGAGUACCUCUUUGAGAAACCAACCUGAACUUUAUUUCGGCUUGGCCUGGCCUGGCCUACCCCGCCCUGCCCCAAGGGCAGGAGCCUGAAGGGACAAAGAAUGAAAUCCUGACCUGUUGAUCUGGGUUGUAGAAGGUGCCAUUGCUCAGAGCAUGUCACCCACUCCUGCAUCCCUUCUCAUAAAAGAACUCCUUGCGUCUCA